CAGCGCUGCGCCGCGGGAUGGGUAAAACUGCUUUGUACGUGGAAAUGAGGGGUUUGAGGCAUUCGAUGCUGAAGAAGCAGCACUUGCGAGCCACGGGAGCCCUCUCGUGGCUGUGCUCAAUGCAUUUACGUUGGGAUCAUCCAUUCCUCUCCUUCAUCCAGCCCCUUCUCACCCCAGCUCUCCAGCAAACCCAGCCCAGACAGAUCCCCAAGAGCAGCUCCCAACCUCUGCAGGGAAGGCAUUUCCCUGAGGAUGGACUGGCAGGACACGAGCCCAGGACCCCGAUUUAAACCCCAGAUGAAUGUUCCGAGCGAGAUUUCUUCCAACCCGCUUUAAGAGCAAAACGAAUGGAAGUGGUUGCGGGUGCGCGUCGUCCUUCUGCCUUGCGAGCUCUCCGGGCUGCGGGGCGGCACUGACACCCAGCGGCGAUGCUCUGCAGCGGAGGGCUGAGCUCCUCGCUCUGCUUUCUCCCAACCGUCUGCGCCAUGCUGGGAUGAGGGCUGAGGGCAAAGCAACCGGGAUGAACAGACUCAGCAGCCUGGCGCCGCCAGCCCGUCCCCAGAGGGCACAGCAGAGCACCGCAGAGAUUCCCCACAGGGUACAACCCGGUUGUACGAUGGACCUCAUCCCCGUGGCCAAAAACCCUCAGGAGGUGGGUGCUGGGCAGCACGAGCCCAGGGAGACACAGAAGGGCACAAUCACUGCAUGGCUGUGCAGGGCUGGGGACAUACAGAGGGGAAAGACAUUCGCAAGCUGCGAGAUCAAAAGGGUCUUUAAAUCACAGUGACUGCACUAAUGGCUUUCACGUGCUCAGACAGCCCUAUACGAAAUGAAAGCCACAGCCAGUGCUUGUCUAUGGGGUGAAGGACACCAGCACGCCACGCUGAGAGGGUCUGAGGCGUGAAACCCCAGAAAGUGUUGAGGCGCCCCAUUCUGCCCGCAGGAGUCACAGCCAGGCGUGGGUUCGCUGCCUUCGAGCUCGUAACGAGCCCAAUGAGGCUCAUAUCAGCCACGAGGAAUUCCAGCUACCGUGCGCUGAGGGCUGCUAAUGAAAACCAGCGGUGCCUCAGAGCGAAGAGGCAGCCACGUCCUCCGAGAUCAAAGAUGCGGCAAUGAGAGCGGAAAGCAGGGAAUAAAUUGCAUCCUGUUGGAGAGACGUGCCCUGCAUCGCCUGCAGCCUUACCUGGCCUAGUUCAGCGCAGGGGCACCCCUCUGCCUUCCUGCAGCAAAGCCUGGCUGUCAGCAGGCUCCUAAAGCAGCUUUGGGGCUGGAGGAGGCAGAGGCAUGGCUCGCUUUUGGCUGCUGGUCCUGAUUUGUGCUUUUCUGCUGAUUUUCAAAUGCAGAUCUGAACUAUGACAAAGCCCCUCCAGCUGCAGCAGGACAGCUGGGGGAGAGCAGCCAAGGCCGGGUGUUGGGGAAGCACGUUUGAUAUGCAGCCUCUCAGAGAUGUCCCAGGCUGAAGCACACCGUACGUUGUAUUUCUUUCCUCCCUUCUCCUCCUACGGCUGCAGUAAACCACACUUUAAAAAGACAAGAAGCAAUCAGAGCCUUGGCCCCAGGGAGUGCCGCUAUUCGGAGCCUCUGUUUACUAUAUAGGUACGGCUGUGGCUUUUAAGUGGAGAUAAUAAUAGCAAAACAGAUGUAAAUACAUCCUCGUGUGGAGGGAGCGCUGCCUGCAGUGGCCAGGAGCAAUUUCCCAGCCACAGGAAAGCAGAAUUCCCAGGAAGCUGUGAUGCUGCUUCACCCAUUCGGAUCUUUUUAGGAUUAAGCUAAGGACAAAAGAAAAACAAAGGAAAACAAACACAAGUGAGGACAUGGAGCAGGAUAGGACGUGCCACCCUCUGACCGCAGCAGGGACAUCCCAGGAUGUCUCCGUGCUGCACGGGGAGGCCAGGAAUCUCAUGAACUAAUGGGGAAGGAGAGUUUAGGAGGAAAGAAGGAGUAAUCUGUAAGCAGUAAUUUCCCUUGCUCCAUUAGAGCGGGUUGUUCCUGGUGCUAAGCGGGUUCCCAGCCAGGGACAACGUGUGUCUGCCCAUCUCCCAACAUUUGCCAUCUGUGUACACGGGACAGUUCUGCCUGGGGUGCAGUCUGAGACCUUCACACUCACUGCCUGCAAAGGAACGUGGAUGUGGAGAUUAAAAAAACAGUUCUGAAAGGGGGGAGAUAUGGGCUUUUAAUGAAGUCACGCUUCCCCCAAACGGACAGCAGGAGCUGGCUGCGUUGCUUUAUUCUCCCAGGCAUUUUCCACCAGUCUGAUUUAGCCACCCGAGCCCAUUGCUUUGUCCCAGCCCAAGGAAAGCCCAUGUGGACCCAGCUGUUGGGGCACGGAAACCUCCAUGUUUGUCACUGCUGGAGCUCCCCUGGGGCCGCAGCCCCAUCCCUGGCAGAGCAAAGGACGUGGGAACCGCGGGGCCAGCGCUCCCCAGGCACCUCCUGCCCCGCGGGCUGCACAGAGAUGCUCUGCAGGUGGCAAAGGCCUCGUGCUUCGGAGCCGUGUCCCGAGGAGCACAGAAGGGACACCCGGGGAGGUGGGGGAGGACUCACCCCGGGGCAACGCCUCUCGUGGUGGGGGGAAAGCGGCAGCAGGACCCCGGGCCGGGGCAGGACCCCGAGCGGGCGGGCGGAGGCUGGCCUGAAGGGGUUAAUGCUGGGAGAGUAACAGGCUGAAGUUGACACUUGGAGGCAGGCGGGGCUCCCGGCGCCUGAUUGGCCUCAAACCCCAUCCAAAAGUGCUUUUUUUUUUUUUUUUUUCCCCUAGCUUCUUUUUUUUUUUUUUUUUUCUUUCACUUCUCCUCCCCCGGCCUCUGGCUGGCAGGGGAGGGGAGUGGGGAGAACAGCGAGAGAUCAAAAAUAAACCUCUUAUGUCAAAGCCGGGGGAGAAAGUAUAAAUACAGCGGGCUCCGCAGCCGGCGCGGAGGCUGCGGGGGAGGCAGCGCGGGGCCGAGAGCCCGGCGGGGCCGGGAUGGGGCGGCGGGCGCUGCUGGGCGGGCGGGCUCCGCUCCACCUGCUGCUGCUGUGCCACGCCUGGGCGCUGCCUCCGCCGCCGCGGGAGGCGCAGCCGCUGCUGCCCGCCCGCCUGCCCGCUCCGCCGGGACAGCUGGCGCUGCGCCUGGCCGCUUUCGGCCGCGCCGUCGUGCUUCGCCUCCGACCCGACGCCUCUUUCCUCGCCCCGCGCCUCCGCCUGCAGCGCUUGGGAGGCCGACGGCCGCCGGGCCGGGCCGCUCCUCGGCGGGGCUGCUUCUACGCCGGGACCGUCGAAGGGCGUCCCGACGCUCCCGCCGUGCUCAGCCGUUGCGGUGCCGGGCUCCGCGCCGCCUUCCUGCUCGACGGGGCGGCGUACGCCCUGCAGCCUCUCGGGCCGCCCGCUCCCGGCCCGCCCUGGCGCCGCCCGCACCGCCUCCAGCGCCGCGCCGCCCCGCCGGCCCCGACCCGCGCGCGGCCCCGGCCCGAAGCCGCUCCUGGGCAGCCGCUCCGCCGCGCCCGGCGCUUCGUCUCCGAGGCGCGCUACGUGGAGACCCUGCUGGUGGCCGAUGCGUCCAUGGUGCGCUUCUACGGGGAGGACGUGGAGAACCACAUCCUGACCCUGAUGUCCAUGGCAGCUCGCAUCUACAAGCACCCCAGCCUGAAGAAUGCCAUCAGCCUGGUGGUGGUGAAGGUGCUGGUGGUGGAUGAGGAGGCAGCAGGGCCGGAGGUGUCGGACAACGGUGGCCUCACCCUACGCAACUUCUGCAGCUGGCAGCAGCAGUUCAACCCGCCGAGCGACCGGCACCCCGAGCACUAUGACACUGCCAUCCUGCUCACCCGACAGGAUUUCUGCGGGCAUCAAGGCUGCGACACGCUGGGGGUGGCAGAUAUUGGCACCAUGUGUGACCGCAACAAAAGCUGCUCGGUGAUCGAGGAUGAGGGACUGCAGGCUGCCUACACGCUGGCUCACGAGCUGGGCCACGUGCUCAGCAUGCCCCACGACGACUCCAAGACCUGUGAGCGGCUCUUCGGGCCCCUGGGCAAGCACCAUAUGAUGGCCCCGCUCUUUGUCCACCUGAACAAGAGUCAGCCCUGGUCACCAUGCAGUGCCAUGUACCUCACUGAGUUCCUGGACGGAGGGCACGGUGACUGCUUACUUGAUCCCCCAGCCCAAGCCCUCUCCUUGCCCUCGGAGCUACCCGGCCGAGGGGCCCUGUACAGCCUGGACCAGCAAUGCCAGCAGAUCUUUGGCAAAGACUUCCAGCACUGCCCCAACACCACGGAGGAGGACAUCUGUGCCCAGCUGUGGUGUAGGACCAGCAGUGGAGAGCCGCUGUGCCACACCAAGAACGGCAGCCUGCCCUGGGCUGACGGCACCCCCUGCAUGGCAGGCGGGCUGUGCUGGGAUGGAGCCUGCCUGCCACAGGAUGCUCUGCAGCCCCAGCCGGCGGUGGAUGGCGGCUGGGGCGCGUGGAGCCCGUGGGGUUCGUGCUCACGGACGUGUGGGGGCGGCGUGCAGUUCUCCCACCGCCACUGUGACCAUCCCCGGCCCCAGCACGGCGGCCGCUACUGCGAGGGCCAACGCACCCGGUACCAGUCGUGCCAUACCGAGGAGUGCCCGCAGGACGGCAAGAGCUUUCGGGAGCAGCAGUGUGAGAAGUACAACAGCUACAACUUCACGGAUCUGGACGGGAACCGGCUGGAGUGGGUCCCCAAAUACGCCGGGGUGUCCCCCCGGGACCGCUGCAAGCUCUUCUGCCGAGCCAGGGGAAGGAGUGAGUUUAAAGUCUUUGAGCCCAAAGUGAUAGAUGGGACGCUGUGUGGUCCAGAGACCCUGUCCAUCUGUGUGCACGGGCAGUGCAUCAAGGCUGGCUGCGACCACGUUGUUGGGUCCUCCAAGAAACUGGACAAGUGUGGGGUGUGCGGCGGCAACGGCUCAACCUGCAGGAAAAUAUCCGGCUCACUCAACCGAUCCAAGUAUGGCUACAAUGACAUCGUCACCAUCCCGGCUGGGGCAACCAACAUUGACAUCAAGCAGCGCAGCCACCGUGGGGUGCGCCACGAUGGGAACUACCUGGCCCUGAGGACCCUGGAGGGCAGGUACCUGCUGAACGGCGACUUCGCCAUCUCAGCCAUGGAGCAGGACAUCCUCAUUAAGGGCACCAUCCUCAAGUACAGCGGCUCCAUGACGACCCUGGAGAGGCUGCAGAGCUUCCGGCAGCUCCCGGAGCCCCUGACCGUCCAACUGCUGACCAUCGCCAGCGAGGUCUUCCCACCCAAAGUCAAGUACACCUUCUUCAUCCCUAAAGACAUCCCCUUCAGCAAGCAGAAAGACAAAGAGAAGAAGUCGGCCAACGUCAUCCGCCCGAUGCUCACCUCGCAGUGGGUGCUGGGCGACUGGUCCGAGUGCUCCAAGACCUGUGGCUCUGGCUGGCAGAGGCGGACGGUGGAGUGCCGGGAUGUCGAAGGCCAACCUUCAGCCACCUGCGACCGAGCCCUCAAGCCUGAGGACAUCAAACCCUGCGGUGACGUCCCCUGCCCGCUGUGGCGCAUGGGUCCUUGGUCGCCGUGCUCCCAGACGUGUGGCGAGGGCGUGCGGACACGCAACGCUUCCUGCAUCCACUACACCGGCACCGUCAUCGCCCCGGAGAAAUGCAGCUCCCCGGGGCCACCGCCAGCCACUGCCACCUGCCUGCUGCGGCAGUGCUGAGUGGGGACGGCGGGGCACAGGGCUGGGGACGCAGGCCACCUCGUGCCACCGUGCUGCAGGCUUGCUUGAGGACGAGAGCCGCUGGUAGCCCGGCGGUUCGUCUACCUCAGAAGGGGGAAUAAGGGCAGCAAGAUAGGGAGGAAUCUCUUCUUUGUGUCCUUUCUUUCCUUUUUGGCUGGCUGGGGCUGCGGGUGCAGAAAGGAUGGGGUGGGUGGUGGCGGUGUGGGGCAUGGUAAAAUUGGGGCUUCUUUGCAAAAGCGCUGUUGUGCAGCUCAGGUCACUGUCCCUGCCGUGCGGCAGUGUGGGUGUGUUGAGCAUUUUAUCGGCUGUGGUUUUUCAGCUGGAGAUAAGUGGCUCGUGUGGCUGGAAGGGAAUGAGCCGAGGGCUGGGCUAUAGGCGGUGGUAGUGGCUUCUGCUGGAUUUAUAACCUAGGAGGUGCCAGAGCUCUGCCUCCAAACAUCCCCCGCAGCCGCUGUUCCUCCCUGAGCUGCAGCCCCACCAGGAACACACAUCUCCUCACCUCCAUUUCCCCAGUAUAAAACCCAUCCCACCCCUGUUCUCACUCGCAGGGUUGCCCCAAGGAUUAAUUAAAGCUCCGCAGCGCUCUGGCUGUGAAAUUCCUGUUGCUGUCCCUGUUCCCCUGCGGAGCAGACAUUUGGCUGCGCCCACAUCCCCUCUCCCAUCCUCUUGGCUCUGCCUGCCACACGCUCACUUUACCAGCUGUGCUUUUCGUUUUGGAGAUGAGACCCAACUGGUGCCACCGCUCAGCCCCAAUCCCUCGAGCCCAGGGCAAACGAGGAUGCUCAGCCCCAGAGUUUGGCUCCAUUUGGGGCUGGAAGCUCCACCAGGGGAGUCCCGCAGGGCUGCAGCUCCUCUCCCAGCCCAGACGCUCUGGCCGUGCUGCAGAUGCUGCUCACUCUCUGACCUCUCCCCUUUUGAAGCAAUCGCCUCUCGCUGGACGUGUGCUGGCAGAAGCUGGAGCCUUGGGAGCAGGGCUGGAAUUUGCAAAUGUUUUGUCACUGACAUCGCACGGUGGGUGGAUAUUUUGGGAUUUUUGCUACAUCUGACUUUCCCCAUUUGCAAAAUGAAGCUGCCUCAUGGAGCUGCUUUUGGUCCAGGAGCUGCUCGAUCCUCCGCUGCAGAUGGGAGGGAGCUUUUGCAAGAAGGGCUGAGCAUGAUGCAAUUGUUUUGCCAGCGUGGAGGUGACCGAACAGCAGGUCCAUAUUGCAAACCAUGCCUUGGGGGGAAUCGCUUUUGUCCCCAUUGUGGCAGCAGGACGGAGGCUUUUCAAGCAGAGAGCUUGCCUUGUCUGCAAGGAGGCUCUGCUGUCAUUCACUGCACGGAGAUGUGAAUCUGGGCAGCUGCAGGGAUGAGAGGGAUGUGGAUUUUGGAAAGGAUGCACAUCUUGGAGAGGGAGGGAGGUUCUGGAGAAGGAUGCAGAUUUUUGGAGGAGAUGCAGAAUUUUGGAAUGGGAUACAGAUUUAGGAGAGGGGGUGCAGACUGCUUGGAGCAAGGGAGGUCACUUCAAAAUUCACAUGGACCCUUCUCUGCUGCUGUGCCCACUGUGCAGGUCUGAGAUGGGGAUGGAAGAAGAGCCCUGGCCAAAGCUGUGCUGUAAAAUCCAUCCCCUAGGAGGGACGUGGACCCCUCUGUGGGUGUCACCAAGGGCUGCAGAACCAAGGACUGCAGGGGCCAAACGUUUUGGCUGGGCUCUUUUUGAGAAAAGCCAAAAACAAAAGCCAGCUGCGCAGUCUGGAUCCAGAGCUGCUUGGGCUGCAGUUCAGACCUACCUUCGGGCAAUGUUCUCUGUCUGCUAAUUAAUCUCCAGGAAUUUAAGGCCUCUCGCUCUAACAAAUAGCUGGAUGCUAAAGUCAUGUAGCCUCGCUGGGUUGUUUUCUUUUCUCCUUUGCAGCUGAGAGGGUUUUAACUCAAAGGCAAGCAUGUGUUUCCUCUCCAGCGGUGUAAGCAGCAUCCAUUUAGGAUGGGGCAGAUAUUUCAGCCUGAGACAGUGCCAAGGAAAACGUCUGCAUGUAUCAGCCCUGCACAGGAGCUCUGCAGCCUGCAAAGGCCUCUCCAGCUUUUCACAUUCGCUCUGCAGUGCCUCCCCUAUGCAAAAAGCUCCCCGCUGCAUCAGACCCCACGCUGUGCCCUUUGUUGUGCCCCUGGGAUGCCAAAGGAGGAAUGCUGCAGCACAGCUGCAGGCGCCCACCCAUGGCCAAGACAGGCUGGUGGCUCCUUGCAGAAAUAUUGCUCAGUUUGGGCCUUCUGGGGCUUUUUGGGGGGCUGGUGGGUCCUGCCUGGGGACAUGGGGUCUGCUCGUGCCUUCCCAUAGCAACACAUAGCCUUUAUGCUGAUUUAUGAAAGAGGUUAUAUAUUAGGAUAUAUAUGUGUAUAUAUGUUUCCCUUCAGUGAAGGAUUGUAGCAGUGUACUGAGCCUUUUGUGUAUUUAUUACAGAUUCCUGGUUUGUUUUGUACAGUAGCUGUCUGAAAAGGAGAGAAACAUGAGACAAAAAAACCGGACUGUCUGUGUUGAACAGUUUGACCGUGCUGCUCCCACGUCCCUCCACCAAAGCAUCACUCCUCGCAUGGCCCCGACAGCACCCAGUGUCACCCUUGGGGUGCACAGAUCCCAUCAGCUGCAGAACAGAUCCGGCACAACCAAGCUCGGGACAUCCAUUGCAAGGGGAAAAAAAGUAUCAUUUUCUGAAUUUAUCUUUGUGUUUGAGUUUGAGGGCAACUCUGGUUGUGACUCUGCCUUUACCUCUUCAAUAAAGGGUUUCCUGCCUA